UGAUGUACAAAAAGGACGUAUGCCUUCUCCGGUUCCUGAUAACACAAGUGAUGUUUCUUGUUCUGAUGAUUCGGAUUAUACUGAUACAGGACCUACACCCCCAUUCCCAUAUCGUUCACCAGAAGAUUACACUAAUGUUAAAAGGGCACUUCCAGCUCUUCCAUUGCCUAAAGGCUGUGAUAUAAGUUUUGAUAAUGAUGGAUGUGUAAUUCGUCAAGUUCAUGAUCAUCUUAAAAUAAGUGGAGCAUGUUCAUUAGCAGCAGAUAACGAAGGAUACGACCCCGAAGAAGAAAUUGGUAAGCUAAUCAUAUACUUUGAAAGAAAUUCUUAA